CACUUUGUUAAUGUUAUGAGUCUGAUGUUGUUAAAUAAAACUAGAUCUAGAUCUAGAACUUUGUUUAAAUUUGGUAGAUCUAGAUUAAGUUAUUUGCAUUUCAUUUUAAUACCCAAUAAACAACUUGUUUUUAGCCAAAAACAAUCAUUAUCAACGUUAAUAUAUUUUAAAAUCUUUUUUCUAUCCAAAUUGCAAAUAAAUACAAAAACUAGAUCUAGCAUCAAUCACUCUCGGUGUCACAGUUACAGUAAAAUCAAAAUGUCACACGAUCUAGAUCUACCUACUACAACAUUAACAAGCGAUAACCUAAACAUUCAGAAAAACUGUGGCAAUAUUAACAUUUCUAGAGCUUUUAAUACUACAAAUAACAAUGUUAAUAAUAGAUCUAGUAAUAAUAGUAGUAGUAGUGUUAGCCUUUUAAAUUUUGAUGAGUUUUUAAUAAAAAACAAAAGAAUAGCAGAAGAGUUGGACAGUCCGAAGUUGACUUUCGUUUCAAGAGUGAAUCCACUUACUGGGAAAAUGGAUUGGGUUGUUCAGGAUGAACAUUAUGACUAUGUUCAAGAAAUUGCUAGGUCAGGAUAUGGUGAUAUGCUACAUGACACAGACAGGAAUAAAAAAUACUACCUGGCAAUUAAACAAGCUGUCAAAUUGUUGAAGGAUCAAGGCAAGAAAGUCAAAGCCUUAGACAUUGGGACAGGCACUGGUCUUCUGUCCAUGAUGGCAGCAGAAGCAGGGGCGGACACCAUCAGUGCGUGUGAGGCAUUUCCUCCAAUGGCUGCAUGUGCAGAUGCAGUGCUGAAAAUAAAUGGCUUUAAAGACAAAAUUAAACUUAUUCCAAAGAGAUCAAACGAGGUUUUAUUAGAUGACAUUGGAGAUCGAGCUAAUUUGCUAAUAACUGAGCUGUUUGAUACAGAGUUAAUUGGUGAAGGAGCUAUUGGUGCUUAUUCUGAUGCUCAUGAUCGACUAAUGGAAUCAGACUGUGUAGCUGUCCCAAGCACAGGAAUCAUGUACGUCCAAGCUGUGCAGAGCCCGCUCCUGACCAAUUGGAACAACCUACAGUCUAUUAGUUUGCCCAAUGGGUCAGUCAUAUCAGUCCCUGCCCAUUUUGCCAGGUGUGGCGGUGCUCCACUGCUGCAUGAUCUGCAGGUAGAUGAAUUACAGGAGGAUUUGACUUUUGUUUCUACACCAGUAGAGGUAUUUAGGUUUGACUUUAGUCAUCGAAAUGCAUUACCUAAAACUGAGAGUAAAAAGCUAGUUACAGAGGCUCAACUAGACGGUUCAGUUAAUGGAUUUGUUAUGUGGUGGGAACUGGUCAUGGAUCCCCAAGGGGAAAUUAUCCUCAGCUGUGCUCCAUGCUGGAAUAGAAAGGCAGAUGUUCCAGUCCCUUGGAGGGACCAUUGGAUGCAGGCCCUGUAUUAUCCUUCGGUGUCUAAAAGUGUGAAAAAAGGAGAAAGUUUUGAAAUUAACUGCUAUCAUGAUGAAUACAGCCUUUGGUUUGAUACUGCUGUUACAGAUAGCAGUCAUCCCCCCAGCUGCACAUGUGGACUCCAUGUAGCCUUUAGUCGCAGUAGGCUUGGACAGAUCAAUGAUUCUGAAAGAAAUGUUUUUUAUACCAAAGUCUUACAGACACAUAUAACCAGUGAUACAGUCUGUCUUGUGAUCUCUGAUGGAAGUAUGUUGCCCCUUAUGGCUGCAUGCCUGGGUGCUAAAAAGGUUUUCUACCUGGAUAGUAGUUGGUCUUGUCGUAAAGUGAUCAAAGAAAUGGUGAAUUUCAACCAGUUGGGAGAUAAAGUUUGUGUGUUGGAGAAAAAUGUAGAGGAUAUUACAGCAGAAGAUUUGGAACAACUAAAGAUAGAUGUUGUUGUGGCUGAGCCCUUCUUCCAGUCAGCCAGUUUGCCAUGGGAGCACCUGUACUUCUGGUAUGCCUUACAUCAUGUACAAGCUCACCUCAGUGAAUCAGUUGUCAUUCUCCCCAAGUCCAUGACAAUUCAAGCUAUUGCAGUCCAUUUUGAAAACCUACAGAAAAUAAGGUCGCCUGUUGGGUAUUGUGAAGGAUUUAACAUCACAGAAUUUGACAAGCUUAUUGAGAAAUCCUCAGAAUCAGCAGAUGAAGAUAUAGAACCCCAACCUUUGUGGGAAUACCCAGCAAUGGCUGUAUCAUCCCCCAAAACAAUUUUCUCUAUACAAUUUUCUUCCAACCCUUGUAAUAUGGAAACUGUUCUCAACAACACAGAUUUGCAGUGCUGUCGAGAUGAAACUCUAAAUGGAAUAGCCCUUUGGACAGAAUACGACUUUGGUGAAAACCUUGUUACAAGCACAGGUCUACUGAACAAUGAUUGGGAAGGCAAAAAGAUCAGGUGGGACAAGUUUUCUAGACAAGCUGUCAAACUUUAUCGGCAUGAAAGAGCUGUAAAUAAAGAUUCAUCUGUACAUAUACAAACUGAAUUUAAUCCUGCUAAUGGAGAUUUUGUGUUUGUACUGUAAUAAGCUAAAUAAAACUUCCUAAUAACA